CCCCAGUGUUUGCCCUGAACGGGGCCCCGAGCGGCUGGCAAAGCGUGCUGGAGGCCCCACCCCCGCUAGCGGUGCAGAAGACGCGACACCAGUGCCAGCAAGGGAGGAGGAGAACAUUCAGCUCUCGUGCCGUAACUUGAAGAUUUUAGGCGUGCUUUUUCUCACGGGAAGGAGCAGAGGAUGUUCCUUGUGGCUGGACAUGCCCUGAGUGGCGGAAUGAUCUUUUCCUGGAAGUCAGGGGUGCAGCCCCCAAGCAGCCCUGUUUUCCAGCCAGCAGAUGAGCCUCCAGUCCCAGGGAACUGUCACCUGGAACAAUGCGUUCCUCCCAGCAGUGAGGGCGUGGUGGGCCCCCUCGGUGGCCCCCUCCCAGGCUGAUGUGUGGGGCUUGAUGGCCUCCCUCUUGCCGUGAUGUUAUGUUAGCAUUUCUGGGUAGUGAUUUUGGGCCAGCAGACUCGGCCUCUCGAGUGUGGAUCCUGUGGAGCUGCCUGUGAGAGAGAGAGAGAGAGAGAGAGAUGGGCUGUUAGACUUGGGGGAUCCCAAGGUUUGCAGAAGCAGAAGAAGGAUCGUGGGCAGGGAAUGAAAAGGGCAAGUCCUCUCCAGAAGUGGCCAGUGAGGAUUGGGCAUGCUCCGGGGCCACCAAGGGAGGGAAAUGGGAGGGGAAACAGGAAUGGGAUGGAGCCUCUGCGAAGAGGGCGUGGCUGGCCGGCGGUCUCCCCGCCUGCAGUCUUCCAGCGCCCCCCCCAAAAGGACUCCCUUGUCAGGUGUCUGCAGGGAUUCCAGGGAAACGACCCGGGUUGCAUUGCUCCAAACACUCAACGUGCGCGCCCUUCCCGUAAAUGCCCAGCAUCGGGACGAGCGCUUCCUUCCUUCACUGCAUGCGAGACCAGAAGCUGCCUCUCCGCCCCUUGACCCCAGCACCAGACGCUGCUUGCUGCCCGGAUCUGGGCUCUGGGCCCACCUCUUGGCGGACCUUUGGUGCCUGACCCUCCCCAGGUUUCUCGAAGAAGAAGGAGGUGAAGACGGAGCGCAGCUUCUCCCUGCGCAUGAAGAGCACGCUCACCACCAGGGGGCGCACCGUCAACCUGAAGUCGGCCACCUGGAAAGUGCUGCACUGCUCCGGGCACAUGCGGUCCUACGCGCCCGCCAGGCCCGCGGAGGGGAAGGAGGCGGAGAACGGCUUCGUGGAGCCCCCGCUGCGGUGCCUGGUGCUGAUCUGCGAGGCCAUCCCGCACCCGGCCAACAUCGAGACGCCCCUAGACAGCGGCACCUUCCUCAGCCGGCACACCAUGGACAUGAAGUUCACCUACUGCGACGACAGACUUUGGGGGCCCAGAGCAAAACGGGAAGGCCUGUAGGUGAGGCUGCAGGUGGCGAUGCGAGCAGGAGUCAUGGCUUCCGUCCUGGGGUUCCAUGUUGCUGCCUCUCUCUUUGCGUCUCCCUGAGCAGGAUUGCCGAGGUGGCUGGCUACACACCCGCAGACUUGCUGGGCUGCUCCAUCUAUGAAUACAUCCAUGCCCUGGACUCUGACUUCGUGAGCAAGAGCAUCAACACCCUGCUCAGCAAAGGCCAGGCUGUGACUGGGCAGUACCGCUUCCUGGCGAGGAACGGCGGCUACCUGUGGACCCAGACUCAAGCCACCGUCAUCUCCAGCAGCAAGAACUCCCAGCCCGUGAGCAUCGUCUGCGUCCACGUCAUCCUGAGCCAGGUGGAGGAGAUGGGGCUGGUGCUGUCCUUGGAGCAGACGGAUCGGCAAGGGGAGCACCGCCGGCUGCCCCCUCCCUGCCUCGACGGGGCCGACCCCGACGGCGCCCUCGAUGAGCUGGAUCCCAGCGGGGGAGACACGAUCAUCAACCUCAGCUUUGAGCUGCGUGGCCCCAAGAUCCUGGCCUUCCUGCGCCCCGCCAACAUCAGCGAGGAGGAGCUGCAGCUGGACCCCAAGCGCUUCUGCAGCCCCGACCUCCAGAAACUUCUGGGCCCCAUCUUCGACUCUCCCGGGGCCCAGGCCCCCUCGGGAGGGCCUGUGCCGGCGAGGCCUUUGCCCCCCCCCUCCAAGCCCCCCCUUCUUGCCAAGAAGCCUUCUGGAAGGAGCAGCCCCGUCCUCCGUCCUCAGGCCGACCUGCCGGAAGAGCUGCUCCUUGACAUGGAGAAUGUGCAGAAGCUGUUUGCCUCCAGCAAGGAGCCGCAUUCCAUGGAAACGGUGCUGCAGGAUUACGAAGGCCUGGACCUGGAGAUGCUGGCUCCCUACAUCUCCAUGGACGACGAUUUCCAGCUCAGCAGCACGGACCACCCCCCGUGGCUGGCCGAGAAACGCGGGGAGCCGGCGGCGGGGGCCUGGCCCGCCUCGCAGCCCCCGCGGCCUCGGUCCAGGAGCUUCCACGGGGUGUCCCCCCGCCCGCCCGAGCCGGCCCACCUCCCCCGCUGGGGCAGCGACACCAGCCUGAGCCCGGCCCGCCCAGCCCACCCCGGGGAAGGCAUGCCCCGCGAGGCAGGGCAGAUGGUGGAGAUGGUGGCCUCCGUCAAGAUCCAGUCGGUGCAGGAAGGGGCCGGCCCCACCGGCCAGGGGGCCCCUGGGGGCGGCCGGAAGAGAGCCCGGGAGCUGAGUGUGGACGAUGAGAGAGAGACCCUGCUGGACGUGGGGCCCCCCAAGCGAGCCCAUGGCCACGAGCCGGAAGGCUUUCUGAUGCCGUCCCUUAGCCUGGGCUUCCUGCUGAGCGUGGAAGAGUGCUUGGACGGCCGGUCCGAGCGGGGCUUUGGCGGCACGGUGGCGCUGGGAAGAAAGCUGCUGUCUCUGGAGGAGCCGAUGGGCCUGCUGGGGGACAUGCUGCCGUUCGUGGUGGACGGGCCGGCGCUCUCUCAGCUGGCCCUGUACGACGGCGAGGACGAGGCCUCUGCGCGCGGCGGGGAGCACUUCCAGCUGGGCGAGGAGCUCCUGGUGGAGCUGGACCAGGCCACCUGAGCGGAGCCCCCUGCCCGCCCGCCCGUCCCCGGCUCCAUCAUCCCUCACCCUGCUCCGCGGAUGGGAUGGAUGGAACCCAGCGCCUCCCAGUUCAUCCAGGAGAGGCCGAGCAGGAGGGGCUCCUCUCUCUCCCCUCCUCCUCCUCCUCCCCCCCACACCCUCCUUGCCCGCACCCCCAAGCUCCGCUGGCGCCCUCAGAACUCUUCCUACCUCGCCCGGUCGCCCCCACCGGGCAGCCCCCGAGGCCUCCCUGAGCACAGGAGCUGGUAUGGAUAGGAAUGUGCCGCCCCCUCCCCGAUUAGGUGCUGUGCGUCCCCCCGGCGCCGCCAAGAGGGGCAGCCGGAGCCGCAGGAACUUGGGUGGCGUCACACCUGGCAGCCCAGCCCUCGCAGGAAAGUUGGCUCAGCCCCGUCCCCAAAGGCCCACAGCGUAACCCCGAAGGAUGCCCGUCCCAGGGGUGGGCAGGGCUGGCCCGGGGGGGGGCCCUGCAUCCCACGGGGCCCCUUCUGAAGCCCUCGGCUCUCGCUGCCAGCCUGGGACGGCUCGCCUGCACACCAACACUGGGCCACCCUCCCCAUCUUUCCAGCUUCCGGCCCGGGUCCCCCAUGCCUGACAUGACCGAGGACUGCCCUCUUGGGAGGUGAAAAGCAGGGGGUCUCGGCCGAGAAGGCCUGGGAGUGGGGGGUUGACACCUGUCCUUGACUUCCUGGAAUCCUUCAGGUGUCCCAGUGGACGCAGCGCCCAAGCAAAUACCUCAGCGACGCUCCUGCCCUUCAGAGAAGGGAUAGCCACACCUCGGGUACCUGAGGGGGACCUGCUUUGGUUGGGGAAGGAUUUCAGUCCCUACUCUGUCGUCCAAAUUGUAUUUUUCUCAAGUGGCCAACAGCCAAAUCGUUGAAGUUAUUUGCCACAGAAAGAGGAAGGCAAUCGGAGCGCUCUGGCCGUAUUUUUGGCCCAGUGUGAGGUCUCUUUGCAACUACGCUGGCUAAAGAGCUCUGAAUGCGUCUGAGGGCCGAGGCCGCACGUUUUUAAAUGUAGAGAAACUGAAUGUAUUGUAGAGAUAAGGGAAGCCGAAAUAUUUUUUUAAACCUAUUUUUAAAAUAGCAUCGUAGAUCUUGUUCCUCGUCGGUUGGACAGUGUUUCCAACCAUCCCCACUUUUUUAACUUAGUUGGGGUUCGGGGGGAGGUUGUUUAUUUUUUGGUUCCUUGGACCCUCCAAACUGAGAGUUGUGCUAAAAUAGCAUAACACAAGUUUUGGCUUCUCACUUGGAAGGAACUAAAAAAUGAGUUUUCUAACCUCAUGGUAACCCCAAGUAGCUGGACAAUGCACAGUGAUUUUAAAAUCCUAAACGAAGAGGCAAAUUGCUUAGGGCCCAAAUGUUAUUUUUACAAUCUGAAGCUUCUAAAGACAAUCUUAAAAGCAGAUUUUCUGCAUUUGAGGGAAAGGCUGUCCUCUUUUUGAAAACUUCGAGGUGAGCAACCGAGCACCAUCAUUGGUUGUCAAGCAAACCUCCGUGACAGUUAAAGUGAAUUAGACCCUGAACAUCGGCCGCUAGGAAGUAAAAUUUUUGCCAAUAUUUUCAUCCAAUUUUUCUACUUAAACUGGAGGAAAUGAAAUGUCAAAGAGAUCUUCUUCUUCCUUCUGUUUGUACCCUGAGCCCAACUUUGCUUACUUAAAAGUAAGUUUCAUAAAAAGCAAUGGGUCUCCGAAGUACCUGUGCACAGGAUUGAGGUCUUUGCCCUUUGCCCUUGCUUCACAGCCUGAUCCUAUGCAUGUUUACUCAGAAGUAAGUCUCAUCUUUAGAGGGUCGGCUUUACUUCCAGGCCAACAUGCCUCGGGUGGCACCCUUCGCUGCAUCAUAGAGUGGCACGGAAAGGUAACUCGUUCUUAGCUUCUAUGAAGAAAGCCCAUUGCUUGCUGUGACUAAAAGCUCUUACUCGUAAAUACAUGUCGCGCUUAAAAAUGAGCUACCUUUCUCUGCUGCCCAUAGAGGAAGAGUUCUGUGUAACUCAAAACCUUGCAUACUCCUGCACUAGCAAACGUUGGUGAAAGAUUAAAUUGCCUUACCUCUUUUAUGUCUUUUUGACAUAAAAGGACCACAGUAGUAUUAGUUGAUGUUCAUGGCCGGGUUGCCCAGAAUUUCAUGAGGAAAGGAACUUGUCUGCUUUUGAUGGUCUUGCAGGAAAGAGAAUGCAGGCAAGCGCGGUUUUCCUGCCCUAGCGUUGGAACGGCAGGCACAGCGCCGUGGGCCGUGAUUCUCCAACAACGGCUCAAACGGUAGGAUGCUUUCCCUAUGCAAACAGGGCAACCCGAGCUAUCAGCCCAUUCGGUGGAAAAAAAUUCCCCUGUAGUCUCUGUUCCAAACAGAGGAGAAGUCUGCUUGUUCUUGCUUUCAGAGGAAAACACAUGUCUCAGUUGCUUAGCCCGUGGUAUCCUUACUUUAGCCACAAACCCGUUGCAGGUUUGGUGAGUUCAAGGUGGGAUUCCGCACCCAGUCCAGCACCAGGCUUAAGUCCACGCCACUCGCCGCUCGCCCUCGCUCCCGACACCCUCCCUCGCCCAGGGGCCCCGGAUGAGAACAAGGAGUGCAGGAACCAGGGUAAACCAAGCCAGUGCUUUCACCCUUCCCCUUGGUGUGUGUGUGUGUAGGUGUGUAUGUGGGGAGGAUCUCCAGGCGGGUCACCGCAGCCUGAGCAAACCCGGUUCUCCCCCGGGGUGACAACAGGAGAGAAGCGCCUCUCCGAGUUUUCCUUUCGCUCCGUGGUGCUUUGCCUCUUCUCCCAGGUCUUGUGUCAGCCCGGGGGUCCGUGCAGGCGUGCGCAUGGCCCCCGCAGGAAAAGGCCGCGCUCGCGCAGCACGGGGAGAGUGUCCAGGCAGGAGUUCGGAUCCUGGGGAAGAUCCGCUUUCCAAAAGGUAGCUCAAACACAGAACUUGACAGGGGUGGGACGCGGCCCCUGCUUCCAGCCGGCCAGGGGUGCCUGUCUCGUUCCAACGCCGCCAGGCCGGCGUCCCGCCUCACCCAGCCAGGUCCAGAGGCUGGGAAAGAGGAAGCUCUGUUCCAUUUGCCUUUCCUGGCACGCCACAUUGAGAAUUGCAGUCUUGAAAGGGACAGACACCCCCCGACACCACUUCUGCCUCGGUCACCAUUCACCUGUGCCUUCACCUUGACAACGUCACCAGCACCCCACGCUUGAGAAGGGAACCAUUUGUCAACCCAGCCCCUCCAGCCUCUUCCGGGUUGGUGCAAGUGACCUUCCGUGGCACGGGGGAAUGGGGGGAAGCAGGCUGCAGAAUCUUCCGGCCCCCCGUUUUCCCCGUUUGCAGCAAGCGGGGGGAAAGGGGGCGUCUGGCCACGCCGUAUACUCCCUCCCCGUUCCUAGUGCGGACUCUCGCCCCCUGCCCCGGCCCUUAACUUCCAGGCUGCUCGGUCUGAAAAGCAAGGAAGUCGGGAAGGGAAUAAUCGGGGUGGAAAGAGGGGGGAGCCCCGUGUCGGGCAUCGAGGUCUCUACACACAGACUGUUCGGUCUCACAACCAACCACGCAGACACAAGGACACAAACGCACCAACACAGACACAAAGCACGCGCUAUCUCACAACGACGGGCCGCCCGGCGGCUCAGGCAGCUCUCUUUCAAAAGCCGCACUUGACAACACGCACAGAACAAUAGAAACUCCAAGCCAGGUGAAGAACACGGAUGUUACGUCCCUCUCUCUGUCUCUCUUUUGUUUAAUUAUUAUUAAUAAUUAUUAUAAUUGUUGUUUUUAUUCCCAGCCACAGGGGGGUGUCUUGAUUACCCUUCCCCUGCCAACCCGCUGUCGAUUUUUGUUUCUCUCCCCCAGGCAUGGUUUCAUUUCACUUCUUUUCCAGAGACUGUGGUGGAAUGAUCACGAUUCCCUUUCGUUACUGUCGAUGUUGCUGUUCGUUGUUAUUGUAGGACUGUAGCUUUUGAUUUCGGGCCUGCCCCAAAGCCUGACACUGCGACCGCUGCCGCUGCCCCCUCUGAAUUUUAAUCAGUCCUGUUCCUUCUUGAAAAGGGCCGGGGGGCUGUGUCUCCUCCCCUCCCCUUCGACGGGGCAGCCUCUCUCUCUCUCCUGCUCAGUGGCAUCCGUGGUCAUGGCUGCAUGUCCCGCCACGCCUGCCCCCGGGGACGUGUCAUGCAACUUUAGCAUGGGGUGCUAAACUACACACAAGCUGUGCGGUUCUGUCCCCGGGGGCAGCUUUUCGGCCACCCUGUGGCCAUGGUGCUCUUGCCCCGCCCCGCCCCCUUGCACCUGCGAUGUUUGCACACCUGUGUAGGGACGUGGCUGGCACCGCCCCCCCCGACCCCCUAAUGGUGGUUGGUCGCCCACACCAGGCGCCACGGUGCUUCUCUCCACCUCUGUCUCGCACACACGCAAAGCCAGGGCGGCUGCCAGUCCACGCGGGAGCGACACCCCCGUCUUCCGAGUGGCGCCUUGGGGUCUGCCGGAAAGGCAGGAGAUGGGCAGAGGCCCCUGCGGCCCCCGCCCGGCGUGACGGUGGCGUCGGCAGGGAGAGUCGCAGGUGCCCCUCCGGGGUCCGGGUGUGGGGGUUCUGCGGGAGCCCGCCACGUGCCUGUCGAGAGGCAGAGGAGGCCUGCAAAUGGGCCGGGAAGGGGCCGCCCCCGGCCUCCAGGGGCCCACGGCUCCCUCUGGCCACGGCGGCCUCCUUCCCUCCUCUGGCCGGGUGGCUCGGCUGGCACGCGAGCUGCUUCCGUGGCAAACCCCGCUCUCCGGCACCACCGUGCUCGAAGGAACCCGCGGUGCGAACAUCGCAGUGCAAAAGGGCGCCCUGUGGAGACGCCCCCCCCCCGGCCACGCUUGCACACGCACAGCGGCCCCUCCCCACGCACGUCUGUCAUGCCAGCAAGCACGCACGGGCACAUCCGGCUUGCAAACGGCCCCCGAGGCUUCUCGGCGACCACCACAGAGUCCUUCAUCCGAUCGGGAGCAGCGGGUGACCAUCCCCACCGGACGACCGCCCAGGCCGUGGUCUGCCCCGUGGUGCGCUCUGCUCGCGUGGCGCCGAGGCCCGGGGGCCUGCCAAGACCACGUGCGGCCUGGAGCGCGCCUCGUGCGUGGGCCUGGAGUCCCUUGCCAGUGGGAGGGGGACUUCUGAAGGAAAAAACUGAAUGCCACUAGAGCGAUUGAGACGUUGGCCUUACAGAUUCGAAAGGAGGCCCUCCCAUCCCCAAAAUCCCUCCAGGCUGUUUCCAAGCCAGGGCCCCCCAGCGCUUUGCACUUACUCUGCAAUUAAGGGGACGUGUGGGUCCGCCAGAAAACUGUUCUCUGGGGCUGCUGCUUUGCCGCAGUUCUUCCUGAGGUCCCACACCAAGUCCAUCGGGUACACAAGCGGGGCUUCCUUGCAUCACUGGGGACGGCAGAAAUGAACUACAGACAGCUUGGGCCAGUUUGUAGGUAAACCACGGUGCCGAACGGAAUGGCAGUGCCCAGACAUUCAGGAAGUCCUGUAGACUUGAACAGAUGGGUGCCAAGAAGCGGGAUUCAGAAGCCCUGCCAGUCUGCCUUCCCGUCUUGUGUCCUUCCCAGGAUCUCCCGCUGUGAAGGCCAGAGAACCUGGGAAUUGCAGCCCCAAGAUAUCAAAAGGCAGCCGAGCUGGGGAAGGCUGGAAUAAUUGGUGAUGCCAGCAACAGUCAGUUCGGAGUGACCACUAGUAAGAUUCCCUGGUGCAAAUGGGGAACAGCCUCCCCUUCCGAUCUGAGAGGGUUGCCUCGAUUUAGGAGUAAUUCCAUGAGGCUGCAAGGCUUCCAGGGUGCGUGGAGGUGGGCGCAAGGCGCUGGGCGACGGCGCCCGAGUGUCCCAGCGGAGGGUGCUGUAGUUCCAACAUGUCUUCCACCUGCCCAUUCUCCGACCUUCCGACGGUAAGUAGGACUCCAUUUGAGAAAGCCACCUGGGCAUUUAGACCAUGACAGCCUUGGGAUGGGAGAUGCUCCGAGAGCCCCCCAGCCGGUUGCUCUCGGACAGACCUCUCUUGCCUGGGACGUGGCAGAUUGGGCAUCCUUUGGCUGUGACAUCCAGUCAAUCCACACCGUCUUCAACAGGCCAUCCAAAGAGCGCUUUGCUUGGUGCUUGCUGGCAAUGACGAGGGGUGUGGGAAGGGCUCCUUCAGAGGGGAGCGGGUGGUUCGCAACUCCAGUGUCAUUCAAGGCUUUAGGGAUCUGUUUAUAUAUGAUUUUAUAUAUAUUGUUUCCUCUACCCUUGUGUAUGGUUAAUUUUCUCCUCUCUGUGGCGGGAUCAGAUUUGGCCCCUGCCGCGUCUUUAUCUAUCGCUCUUGUGAAACAUAAAUUACGUCUGGUAACACGCA